AUGAUGGCCAUGUGGAAAGAGGCUUUGCAGGACGCGCAAGAAAUUAGAUGCGUGGAACCUGCUCAUCGUGCAUCUGAUUGGGAGCAAAUGGUUCAAAACCUCAAGAAGCUUUUUUCCGAUCUAUCCCAGCAAAUAUCGAGAUAUCAAACUGAAACGUUGGCAAAUCGACAAAGGGAAAAAGAGGAGGUCAAGGAACUGAUUCUCACAACAAGAACAGCAUUACGAUAUGGUCUUUGUUGUGUGUCCUUUCAAGAUGAAGAAGCACGAGUCGAUUUUCAGAACCAUGCCGUUUUGAAUUGUGAUACACACUCUGCGCUCACUCGAGUCCUUUGCAUGAAUAAAGCGGACUCGAAGUGCCGGCUAUUGUCAGCACAGCUUAUGAGUAAUCUUGUCACCUGCAACGAGGCAACGGCCGAAUCACUGACAUCAGCACUUAGCGUUGCACCACCCGAAGACAAGAUGGUUGCCAGAAUUUUUGCAUCCAAUUUCUCCGGUUCAGACGACAAGAGCAACGAAGAGAGCAGUUCAGACACCACAGUAGUAGUGCCCCCCAACUGGGUAGACUGCUUUAUCUUUUCCAUCAAGUCUGAUAAUCGAGGAGCGGCAGCUGCUGUUACUGCAGCACUUCAUAACUGUGUAUGUGCGCUGGAAAGCAAGAUCGACCAUCGCCAGUCGUUCAUUGAGGAUGUUGCCUCUGAUCCCAUAUUGAUAAGCUCGAUGCUUCGGAAUUUCAUUCCCGCCAAACGAUCAAUAGAAUCAGAAGACUACGGAGAGUGGGACCAGGCUACUGAAUGGAUAAAUUUACUUCUGACAAAACUGAUACGACUUGGAAUGAUUGGAAGAAUGUACAUUGGAAUAUCCCGUUGCCCGUUGUCAGACAUGAAGUGUGUCCUACCAGAACAGAAUGUUUUGCUGCACUGUAUGGUGAAGCAACUGGAGGAUGAAAGGGAUGUCGAAGAGAUGCUCGAUCAGGUCGGACUAGAGUCGUUUGAAUUCCUUGCAAAUCUCUUUUGCAAGUUAAAAAAUCUCAGCAAAACUGGCUCAGGAGGUGACGAGAUGCUACUUUUGCAGUCUGCCGUCAUUUCAAUAUUGGAGAUAUCGUCUACCUUCCUGGCCAUUGAUAGCGUCGGAUGCAGUAAGGUUCGCAAUCAUCUUGGUACGACAACCGAGUUUCUUCCGCAAUGCGCCACACUAUUGGCGAAUAUUGUCGAUGUGCUUGCCAAGCGCAACGAGGGCGUCAAAGCACGGGAAAUGAAAAUGUCGCCAGAAGAGCAAGAUCAAAUCACUCUGCUUGUUCGUGUUGUUGGAAACCUAUGCUUUCGUUGCAAACAGAAUCAAGAUUUGAUGAGAUCUAUUCUACUUCCAAUGGCCUCCACAUCCCACACUGGGGACGAGGAUACUAACAAUAACAAUCCAGAACAACGGAAUGCCCUUCACGUUCUUCUGUCGUGCACAACCUUUGCUACAGCAUGCUUCACACUCCGAGAAUGGAGCGUCAUUGCUAUUCGCAAUGUUCUGGAAGACAACCCUUCAAAUCAGGAGAUUGUGGCCCAGCUCGACGCAAACGGUCCGAUUCAAACCGCAGCAUUGAGCGAAGCUGGACUCAAGGUGCAGUUAGAUUCCAAGGGGAAGGUUUCGCUGUCUACGCUCAAGGAGGAAAACUAA